AUGUCUGAUGAGAAACUGUCUAAUGCGGAUAAAAACAGUUCAUUUGAUAUCGACGAAGCCAAGGAACGCGAAGAACGGGAAAAAGCACAAGCACAAACUGGCGUCGCCGCAGGUAUGGAAACGCUCACAAUUGUCUGUCACUGCAGGAGGUGCACUAUAUUAACGAGAAUAAAUCUCAGAUCUUUCCCAUCUCGACUGGCAUACCAUCGCCACAUCUCGCAGGGUCUCUCCCCGAAUCAGGUCCAGGAACGGCUCCAUCAAUACGGCAAAAAUGCGCUCUCCCCUUUGCCGCACCAAUGGUUCUGGCAGAUAUUCGGCUACUUCUUCAAGGGAUUCGGUGCAAUUCUCCUGGUUGGAUGUAUUCUAGUCUUUAUUUCCUGGAAACCCCUCGGUCAACCGCCAGCUCUGGCAAAUCUUGCCCUAGCGAUAGUGCUUCUUGCCGUCUUUUUCAUUCAGGCAGCGUUCAACGCAUGGCAGGACUGGUCCUCGUCCCGAGUCAUGGCAUCUAUUACGGCCAUGCUGCCAGAAAGCUGUCUGGUCAUGCGUGGUGGGUCACUCGCCGUCGUAUCUGCUCCGGAUAUUGUGCCGGGUGAUGUUGUGCAUCUCAAGGCGGGCAAUAAACUCCCAGCAGAUGUCCGCUUUGUCGAGGUCUCGAAUGAUGCAUGCUUUGACCGAUCGAUACUCACCGGCGAAUCGCUUCCUAUCAACGGGACGGUGGACCCAACAGAUGAAAACUACCUCGAGACUCACAACGUCGGACUUCAAGGCACGCAUUGCGUCUCGGGAAGUGUUACGGGCAUUGUCGUGUCCACCGGAGACGCAACGGUGUUUGGUCGAAUCGCAAAACUCACGAGUGAGCCGAAGACGGGCUUGACAACCCUGGAGAAGGAAGUCUUACGGGCUACCUGGCUGCGACGCGAUCACCCGGGCUGGAUCAACGUUCCAACGCUGAUAGUGGACUGCGUCAGCGUUGCCAUUGCCUUUAUCCCUGAAGGCUUGCCGAUUGCUCUGACUGCCAACUUGACCAUCACUGCCAACCUGAUGAGCAAGAAUAAGAUUCUGUGCAAGUCGCUCAAGACAGUGGAGACCCUUGGCUCGGUGUCAGUGAUCUGUUCCGACAAGACCGGUACUUUGACCAAGAACAGAAUGCUUGUCACCGACUGUGCGGUUUCCAUCUCCACGUUCACUUUGGACGGAGCGAGAGAUGAAAUGGUCCUAAAAGGAAAAGCCUCGGCGAUUCAUCAACUUCGUGCGGUUGCUGGUCUCUGCAACGCCGCCGAGUUUGACGCGGCCACCAUGAAUCUGCCCGUUCACGGGCGAAAGGUCAUCGGUGAUGCUACCGACCAGGCGAUUCUACGAUUCUCCGAAGAACUGGGCCCCGUCGCCGAGCUGCGUAGCAUGUGGAAGAAGACAUACGAUCUUGCCUUCAACAGCAAGAACAAGUUCAUGGUGCGCACGUUCGAUCUGGUGGACAGGGCAGGACUCGGCCACGCCAUGUCGCCCGCUGAGUCGGCCCAAUUUGGUCAUGAUGAUACAUUGCUUACAAUCAAGGGCGCCCCGGAUAUCCUCAUCGACCGCUGCACGCAUGUCGUGAAUGUUGACGGCAAUGUGCAGGCUCUGAACGCCAGUACGCUCACCCGACUGAAGCAGAUUAAAGACCAAUGGUCAAAUGAAGGCAAACGCGUGAUCCUCCUAGCCAGGAAAACUUUCUCAGCGGGCCAAAUACAGAGUUCGCCCUUGUCCCACCUGUUCGAAGCCGAAGUGAUGAACCAGAUCAAGACUGGUCUUGUCUUAGUGGGUCUGGUCGGUAUCGUUGAUCCUCCUCGAGACGAGAUUCCAGACGUGGUCAGAACAUUGAGGCGGGCAGGGAUCAGAAUCUUCAUGGUAACGGGUGACUUCGGCCUGACAGCUCUCGAGAUCGCGCGGCAGUGCGGUAUUGUUACUGCAGGAGUGACUGUAGACGAUGCAACGGCCCUAAAGAGAUAUCCCUCAGUCAAUGACAAAUUCAAUGAGAAGUCCCGAUCGCCUGCAAUUAGCCUCAGCGGGCGUGAACUGAUGGCUCUGAACGAACAUCAGUGGGAUCAACUCGGUCAGUACGAGGAAAUCGUCUUCUGGAGAACGACUCCAGAGCAGAAACUGCGGAUUGUUCGUGAAUUCCAAGCACGCGAGGAGAUCGUAGGCAUGACCGGCGACGGCGUCAAUGACGCCCCGUCGCUCAAGGCGGCUGAUAUUGGCAUCGCGCUGGGAAGCGGGUCAGAUAUUGCCAUUGAGGCGUCUGACAUGGUUCUCCUGGACUCUUUCUCGGCGAUUGUCGAGGCCGUGCAGUAUGGACGAGUUGUUUUUGAUAACUUGAAGAAGACCAUCAUCUACCUGCUUCCGGCUGGCUCCUGGUCCGAGUUCUGGCCCGUCAUGACCAGUGUGGUGUUUGGUCUUCCGCAGGUUUUGUCCUCGUUUCUGAUGAUCAUCAUCUGCUGCUUCACCGACUGCGCGGCGGCCACUGUUCUGGCAUACGAGGCUGCCGAAGCGGACGUCCUCCUUCGCCCGCCCCGCAAGCCGAAAAAGGAACGGCUGGUCAACUGGAAGCUCAUCCUCCAGGCAUAUGGAGUGAUUGGCAUGCUGGAGACUCUGACAUCGUUUGCCAUGGCGUACUGGUAUCUGCAGCGCAAUGGCAUCCCAUUCUCAGCUCUGUGGUUCAAGUUCGGCGUGGUCCCAGCCAACGUCGAUCCUGACUGGUACACUGCGCGACUGAACGAGGCCAGUUCCGUCUAUUUCAUCAACUUGGUUGUCAUGUAUGCUGCACCCCAUAGCGCGUGUACGAGACCAGAAAUGGCUAACGCUCACAGGCAAUGGUUUAAUCUGAUGGCCAUCCGAACCCGCCGAUUGUCGAUCUUCUCGCACCCACCCGCCUUCAACAAGAACACACAAAACCUGCUCUUAUUCCCGGCAAUUCUGUUUGCCUUGGGGAUCGCUGUAUUUUGGCUGUAUAUUCCUCCCUUACAACGGGUCCUGGACACGACCAGUGUUCCAGCCGAGCACUACUUCUUGCCGGCGGCGUUUGGGAUGGGAAUCCUGGGAUUGGACGAACUGCGCAAAGCCGCUGUGAGGAGAUGGCCGCAUGGUGCUUUGGCCAAGAUGGCUUGGUAG